UCUCUGUUGGGUGUCUUCACCGCAGACCCAUCUCUUAAUCGACUGUGGAAAUUUUCUCGUGGUUGAAGGUUGUGCAGCCAUGGCGGAGCAGAUGGAGAAAGUGAGGAUGCAGCUUUUGGAGGUGGUGAAUUUAUUAAGUGGCCUGCAGGAGGCCGAGGUCAUCGACGUCGUUAUCAGUAGGAGCGAGGAGUGGAUGACGUACAACGCCAAGGUCUCUCUGACCAACCCCUAUUUCACUCCCAUUUUCAUUUCCGAUGUCUCCUACACCCUCAAGACUGCCAACAGCAACAGGGUGAUAGUAUCAGGGAGUAUGGAGAAGCGCCCAGAGCCACUGCCGGGGAGUGAGGACACAGUGCUGGAGGUGCCAAUCAGGGUGGCUCACAACCAGCUGAUGACCUUGUUGGAGGACAAUGGUGGAGCUCAGGACAAAAUUUACCAGUUGGAUUUGGCUGUUACCGUGGAUCUUCCUCUCUAUAAAGGCCACAGGAUUCCUCUUGACUGGAAAGGAGAGAUCAAGAUCCCUCAUUGAUGGCUUCACUCUCCUUCCAUCUCUUGUUCGAUUACCGGUUUUAAUUUGUGGUGCAAUAUGUAUCCUGUUACUUCUGUGUGUUUCCUUUGUUUUGUUUGAUGAGUGUUUCAUCAAGUUUCAUGAUUGUACUUUGAUUUUGGAGGUUUGUUGUUUAAUGAAUCUUAUCCUAAGUUUGAAUUUUCAUAUUC